UCCCCGUUGUCGUACGUCCACAUUAUUCAGCGUACGGCAGUAGACACCGACGGUAAGAUGGAAGGGCGCGACCAGCAGGCGAUGCAAAGAAAGUAUCAAGAGAUGGUCGCAGAACUGGACAAGAUCGACGCGCAGCUUGUUCGAAAAGCCGCGGACUCGUGCACCGAAGCGUGCAUAGGCAGCACCAGCCUCACCAACAGCGAGGUAGUGAACGCGUGCAUGCGAAGGUGCGAGGCGUCCCGCCCAGUCUUGGACCUGACGGUUCAGCAGGAGCUGACCAACCUACAGGUGAACAAGCGACACCGGUUUCAGAGCCAAGCUUCCCGUUCGUUCCGAGCAAAGAGGGCAAACUGGAGCCAUAGUCCAUGACGAGCGGUGGAGAGCAGGGCUCACGCGGGUGGACAUACAUGUAAAUGGGGCGGCCACCCAGCAAUAGAGCUUGCCGGUAGCAUCAGACGCCGCCCGGAGUGACUCACAAACAACGGCCCAUUCACGUAAACACUUUUUAGGCAAGGUGGUGGUCGCAAGAUCAAAUGUUUUCGCGUUGUUGGCGUUCUUUUCGUGUGUGUGUGUUUUUUUAACCCUCCGGUGUGAGACGUCGCGGCCAAGCGUACUACCUGUGUUCGAACAUCAUCAUCAUCAUCAUCAUCAUCAUUAUGUAUAUUUUCAGGGCCCAUUUUUGCUUCCGUUGUUUGAUUUCUAUAAUAGCAAUUAGCCUGUCGGGUAGUUGGCCCGUGAAUGCGUCCGCGUCAGUUGGACCGAUACGGGUGUUAGAAUGUACUGAACAGAGACCGGAACGGUUUCUGUA